AUGAAUAUCCUUUUUGCCUGUGGGCUUCUUGCAGCUCUCAUCUCAACAGUUGCCCUUCUGGAAUUUACAAAUCCAGUUCUCUGGCAGGAUCUUGCUGAUACAGAUAUGAUGCGUGUCAACGAGACAUACUACUAUUCUGCAUCAAACAUGCACUUCUCUCCCGGAGCUCCGCUUCUCAGAUCAUUUGACCUAGUUCCCAACAACCCCAAUUUCAGUCUUCAGGGUGGGAAUGCUUAUAAUGAUGGAGUAUGUGCAUCUUCUCUGAGGUACCAUGAAGCCCAGGACCUAUACUACUGGGUUGGCUGCCUCCAAAGCACCGGUAAUACUUAUAUCUAUACUGCGUCUGACCCGAAGGGGCCUUGGGAACAAGCUUCAGUACUAAGUCAGAAGUGCUACUACGACAAUGGCAUUCUGAUCGACGACGAUGUCUGGAUUGCUAAGCUGGAUGACAAUUUACAAGAAGAGGAAGUUCAACUCGUUUUUUUAUCCAAUGGUGAGAUUGGAUACAUUGAAGGCUCCCGUUUCUAUAAAAUCAAUGGCACCUACUAUCUUUGGGUUGGCCGGGGGGUCAAUGAUGUUCUGAUGAGCUCUGAUGAUGGUUGGAAGACAGUCCAGAAGGGGAAUGUGACUGAAAGCGUGCACAUAUCGGGGAAUGACAUUUGGCUGCGUGUUGAUGCAAACAUUGGGAGUAGCUCUGAUACUGCUAAGUUCUUCUACAGCCUUGAUGGCUUGAAAUUCAACCCUCUAGGUGACACCCAUGAGAUGGCCAACGGCGCGAUAUUCUUUGUUGAUGAUCGUUAUGGAAUUUUCAACUUUGCAACAAAGGAGCUUGGUGGCCAGGUUAUAUUCCAGUCAUUUACGAUUUCCUCAUAA